AUGCCUUCAUUGAACAACAUAAUAUUUUUAUUCUGGUAUUUUGUAAUUUAUACAAGAGCAGCAGAUAAUUCAGAUAGUUUGGAUAUUGAAUUUAAUGAUAAAAAAAUGUUAACUUCAAUUAGCCAGUUAAUCAUCUUAAAUAGAGGAAAUUUUACUAAAAGUAUAAUACAUAAAAGAAAACAAAGACAUCAGCUUAUAAAAAGACUUCAGAAAAGAUGUAAAGGAGCAAGACGUCAAAUUGAUGUUUAUCAAGCAUAUAAUGAAUUUAUUCAUAAAUAUAUAAUAAAGAAAGAAAUUGAUAGUAUCUAUGAUGCAGAUGAUGAAGGCAAUAAGAAUAUUACUAGUAAUUCAACUUCAGGUUUAGUGAAUAGAAAGCAGAGAUCAUUACAAAUAGAGAUAAAUACUAAUAAAAAAUUAAAAACAAGAGAAGAUACUAAUACUUCUAUUGAAAAUAAACAACAAAAUAAUAAAAAAAAGGUAACAAAGAAUACUAGUACAACUAUAGCUAGUAAGAAUUCAAAUAAUCAUACUUCCAAUAAAGGUAGUGAUAAUAAUUCAGAAAAUACUCGAAGAAAUAAUAAAAUAGAUCCUGAAAGUAAUAAAAAGGAUACUGAAGAAACCAGUGGAGAUAAUAUUACAAAGGAGAAUAUAAAUAAUAAGAGAGAAAGGGGAGAUAUCUCAAAAUAUACUAAUAAAGAAGAAAAUAAUUCAAAUACUAAAGAGAGAAUAUAUAACAAGAGUCAAGAAGCUAAAGGAGGUUCAUCAAAGCCUUCUAUUCCAUUAAAACCCCAAAUUUUAUCAAAGCCUACUGGUUUAUCAUAUUCUAAUUCAUCAUCAGAAUCUUCUAGUUCAUCAAAUAUUUCUGGUUCAGAAUUGCCCUUAUCUUCAGUUAAUAAGAUUCCAGUUAAAUCAGUACAAUCACCAUUACCACCACCACCACCAUUACCAUCACCAUUACCACCACCAUUACCACCACCAUUACCACCACCAUUACCACCACCAUUACCACCACCAUUACCACCACCAUUACCACCACCAUUACCACCACCAUUACCACCAACUAGGCUAGAAAAUCAAAAAAUAAAGCAAACUUCUGUUGGUAGUAAAACAGGAAUUUCAAAUAAAAAAUUGGGCUCUCCUAAGCAGGAGUCCCCUGCUGAUCUAAUGAAUAUUCUUGGUGAUGUAUUACGUAAAAAGAUACGUCCAGUAAAUCAUCUUGAAGGUGAGGAGAGUACUUCAAAUUAUCAGGAACGAGAUGAUGAUACUGAAUGGUUUACAGAUGAAGAAAUUGAAGAGAGAUCAAAAAUUAAGGUACAUAAUAAAGAAAAGGAAAAAGUGAAAGAAGAAGAAGAGAGGAAAAGAAAAGUGGAUGGUGAAAGGAAAAAAUAUGGUAUUGAUCAUAAUUCUAUAGAUCCUAAAGAUGAAAUGCAAAGAGCUAUCUUGGAAAAGAGUACAAAGUUAAGAAUAACUGGUUUGGAUCCUAGUAAAAGACUUGAGAAAGAUCACUUUAAAUCUUGGUAA